GGGAGAAAAGUGGGAGGCUUGCGAGAGAGUGUGUGCAGCAGUGGUGUGUGUGUGGAGCCCCCUCCUCCUUAACUAGCUGGUCAGCACAGCAGCGGAGGGAUUAGUGAAGCCAGCUCCACUCUCUACUAACAGACGGAGGGGGAUUGCAAUAAGCGUGAAUCAUGCACGUCGUCAUUACUACCGGCUGGGAGUGGAGCCGAAAUUGUGCAAGAUACGGAUAACAGCGAAGAAAGGUCCGUGUGGAUCCAGUCAAGUUUGGUCUCCUCGUUCCGCCGUGAAAAUGCCUCACCAGGGUCUCUGCUGCUGCUGCCGCUGCCGCUGCCUCUCGGACCCGUCGCAUUAUACUGCCUCCCUCACAUGUGCUUUAUGUUGAAGAAGUAACCAGGAGGAUAUAUAUAGACCUGUAAGGAGUCUGUGAGAGCGAUAAACAAAAGGACGUACGGAUAUUUGUUUUCCUUUUCGCCGUGCGGGAAAUUGUCUCAAGUGGAAGAAAGAGGGAGAAAAGUUUUACUGGUUGGUCAAACAUGGGGAACGCAGGGAGCAUGGACCAGCACACUGAUUUUAGAGGACACAACAUGCCUCUGAAACUACCCAUGCCGGAGCCAGGUGAACUGGAGGAAAGGUUUGCAACCGUUUUGAACUCGAUGAAUCUUCCUCCAGACAAAGCGCGACUGUUGCGGCAGUAUGACAACGAGAAGAAGUGGGAACUCAUCUGUGACCAGGAGCGAUUCCAAGUGAAAAACCCGCCUCACACAUACCUCCAAAAGCUGAGGAGUUAUCUAGACCCAGCAGUCACACGGAAGAAAUUCAGACGGAGAGUUCAGGAGUCCACCCAAGUCCUGAGAGAACUGGAAAUUUCGUUACGUACCAAUCAUAUAGGGUGGGUGAGAGAAUUCUUAAAUGAAGAGAACAAAGGCCUGGAUGUGCUGGUGGAGUAUCUUUCUUUUGCACAGUAUGCCGUCACGUUUGAUGGAGACUGUGCAGAGAACAACCCAGAGGCUGCUAUGGAUAAGUCUAAGCCCUGGAGCCACUCUAUAGAAGACCUCCAUGGAGGAAGCACCCUGCCGUCUUCCAUCGCUGGAAACGGCAUCACACGUGCUAGCCGACAUUCCACGAUACGCUGCAACACCCUUCCGAGCCGGAGAACUCUGAAAAACUCCAGACUGGUUUGCAAGAAAGACGAUGUCCAUGUCUGCAUCAUGUGCCUGCGUGCUAUCAUGAACUACCAGUAUGGCUUCAACAUGGUCAUGUCACACCCACAUGCUGUGAAUGAAAUUGCACUAAGUCUCAACAAUAAAAACCCAAGAACUAAAGCUCUGGUCUUGGAGCUCCUGGCGGCAGUUUGUCUCGUGAGAGGAGGCCAUGAAAUUAUUCUCUCUGCAUUCGACAACUUUAAGGAGGUGUGCAUUGAGACGCAGCGAUUUGAGAGGCUAAUGGAGUAUUUCAAGAACGAGGACAACAACAUCGACUUCAUGGUGGCCUGUAUGCAGUUCAUCAACAUAGUCGUGCACUCAGUGGAGGACAUGAACUUCAGAGUUCACCUACAGUAUGACUUCACCAAGCUGUGUCUGGACGACUACUUAGACAAACUAAAGCAUACAGAGAGCGAUAAGCUGCAGGUUCAGAUCCAGGCCUACUUGGAUAAUGUGUUUGACGUGGGAGCCCUUCUGGAGGAUGCUGAGACCAAAAAUGCUGCCCUGGAGCGCGUGGAGGAGCUGGAGGAGAACAUGUCACAUAUGACAGAGAAGCUGCAGGACACUGAGAACGAGGCCAUGUCCAAGAUCGUGGAGCUGGAAAAGCAGCUGAUGCAAAGGAACAAGGAGCUUGAAUCGAUCAGGGAAGUCUACAAAGACACCAGCUCGCAGGUCCACUCACUGCGGCAGAUGUUGAAGGAGAAGGACGAGGCCAUCCAGCGACAGAGUAACCUGGAGAAGAAGAUCCACGAACUUGAAAAACAGGGCACCAUCAAGAUCCACAAGAAGGGAGAUGGAGACAUCUCCAUCCUGCCCUCACCACCCUCCGGUGUGGAGGGCUUGCUGGGUGCUGUGUUGGGAGCAAACGGCGCAGCAAAUCAUGUGGGAGUGGCAGCCGGCACGCUGGCUCCACCACCUCCUCCUCCACUGCCAGUGAACGGCACAUUGUCAAACGGACCAUCAGCAGUCAUUCCUGCAGCAGCUCCCCCACCUCCACCGCCUCCCCCUCCACCUCCGCCUCCUCCCCCAGGGCCAGCCUCACAGAUCUCAGCACCUCUGCCCCCUCCGCCUCCUCCUGUAGCGCCCCCACUGCCCGGCUGUGGGACGCCUACGGUCAUCAUGAACUCUGGGUUAGCAGCUGUUAAGAUCAAGAAACCCAUCAAGACAAAGUUCCGUAUGCCCGUCUUCAACUGGGUAGCCCUGAAACCAAACCAGAUCAACGGGACUGUCUUCAAUGAGAUUGAUGACGAGAGGAUACUUGAGGACCUGAACGUGGACGAGUUUGAGGAGAUGUUUAAGACUAAAGCCCAGGGCCCGGCUAUUGACCUCACCAUGAACAAGCAGAAGGUCAUCCAGAAGGGGCCCAACAAGGUGGCGCUACUGGACUCCAACAGAGCAAAGAACCUGGCCAUCACACUGAGGAAAGUGGGCAAGACCCCUGAGGAGAUCUGCAAGGCCAUUCAGAUCUUUGACCUGCGAACUCUGCCGGUCGACUUCGUGGAGUGUCUGAUGCGCUUCCAGCCCACCGAGAAUGAGAUUAAAAUCAUGCGGCAGUAUGAGAAGGAGCGCAAGCCGCUGGAGAACCUGCCGGACGAGGACCGCUUUAUGAUGCAGUUUAGUAAAAUCGAGCGGCUCAUGCAAAAGAUGACCAUCAUGGCCUUCAUCGGCAACUUCUGUGAGAGCGUGCAGAUGCUCACACCGCAAAUUCACGCAGUCAUCGCAGCAUCUGUGUCCAUCAAGUCCUCACAGAAACUAAAGAAAAUUCUAGAGAUCAUCUUGGCACUCGGAAACUACAUGAACAGCAGCAAAAGAGGAGCUGUGUACGGAUUCAAGCUGCAAAGUUUAGACUUGCUACUGGAUACCAAGUCGACAGACCGUAAGAUGACGUUGUUACACUACAUAGCCAAUGUGGUAAAGGAGAAAUACUCACAAGUUUCUCUCUUCUACAACGAGCUGCACUACGUGGAGAAAGCUGCAGCAGUGUCGUUGGAGAACGUCCUGCUGGAUGUUAGGGAGCUGCAGAGAGGCAUGGAGCUGACCAAAAGAGAGUACAGCAUGCACGGCCACAACACCAUGCUCAAAGACUUCAUCACACACAAUGAGAACAAGCUGAAGAAGCUGCAGGAUGAUGCCAAGAUUGCACAGGAUGCCUUUGACGAGGCAGUGAAGUUCUUCGGGGAGAACUCUAAAACCACGCCGCCCUCCGUCUUCUUCCCUGUGUUUGUGCGAUUUGUUAGGGCUUACAGGCAAGCAGAAGAGGACAACGAGCAGAAAAAGAGAGCAGAGCAGAUUUUGAUGGAGAAACUUCUAGAACAGGAGGCCAUGAUGGAGGAAGACCAGAAGUCUCCUCAUAAGAACAAACGGCAGCAGCAAGAGCUGAUCCAGGAGCUCAGGAAGAAACAGGUGAAAGACAGUCGCCACGUCUACGAAGGCAAAGAUGGAGCGAUUGAGGACAUCAUCACGGAUUUGAGGAAUCAGCCUUACAGGCGAGCGGACGCUGUGCGGAGGAGUGUCAGGAGACGCUUUGAUGAUCAGAACCUGCGGCCGGUGAACAAUGGUGAAGUGAUGAUGUGACGAGGGAGCAGUGCAUGUGCUGUUGGGGGGGUUGAAGAUGGUGAGGAUGUGUAAGAGAGGGAGAGACAGGAGGUUUGAUUCAGAGUGAAGGAUGAUAAGUGAAAGAUGACAAGUGUAGCAACCAUAGAGAUGUGUGUAUGUAUGUAUAUAUAUAUAUAUAUUACAUAAGAAUACACAUUAUUCCAUGUCUGUGGUAUAGUAGCAGCUUUUCACUAUGAAGGACUGGGAGCUGUAUGGGACUGCAUUUAAAGUGUCUGAAAGGUUGAUUCAGAAACCAAGUGCCUGAACUUAUUUGUGUGGGCUAGUGUCACGCCAUCUUCAGUUUGUCUGAUGACUGUUUGUAAUAUUCCCCACUUCAAGCAAUACAAUUUGACCUGGCUUUAAUUUUAAGAUGUGUAAAACUGGACUUACGGUGGCCUUAAGAGCCACGUGAAGAGAUGCUUCCUUGGAAACCUAACGUAGAAUGUAUGGGACACGUUCCCUUUAGCUGUUACAAGUAUUACAUCUUGUAGUGUUGAGUUUGACAGUCUGUAGUGUCUCGGUACAUUCCGGUGCUCUUUUUCAUUCCUCUUGCUAUACAAACGUGCUCAACUUUGCACUUUUUGCAUCUAAUGAGGUUUUUCAACUUUGACUAAAAGGGCUGAAGAAGGUGAUCAGAAAAAGUAAUUAAAUAUCUAUAUUUUUACUAAAGUAAGUUUUAAGGAUGAUGAAGAAUGAACGGAAAAGACAAAACCAUUUCAAAACAAGACUGGGCUAAUGUGAAUUGUAUAUACCAGGCCUCUCUCCAUGCGGACUUCUCUUUAUAAUUUGUUACUUCAGUUAAUGAAUCAAGCCUGACAUUGUAGCCCUUAAUCUGAAGAAUAAGCCGCCUGCUCACAUAAAACUCUGCCGUCCAUUUAAAAUGUUGCAUUUCUGUAGCAGCAGAGCAGUUUGCCUGGUGUCUGGGAACAAAUUACAAGCCACUGAGCCUGUAAAACAUAAAACACAUUUUCUACCAAAUGUAGAAACUGCAUGAAAGAUACUGAACCCAACUGGAUAUAACUUUGCAUUUCAUCUUAUUUUUCACAGAUUAGUUACAUUCCAGGCUACUGCGUCUACUCACUUUUAUUGUAAUUUUAAUGUAUAGUAUUUAACCACUGAAAGGAUUCCUUUAAGCUCAUGUUUUCAUUUAAUGUGUCCAUUGUCAUCAGAAACCUGGCAAAACAAAAGUAUACAACACAAAAGUUUCCUAAAUGUACAGAUAUUUUGCAACAAACCAUGCUUUUUUUUUUUUUUUUUUACUUAAUUCACAUUACCAGAUGGUUAAUAUUGUACAUAUUGUUUAAACAAAAGUUUUCAUUGCCUUGUGUUUUACAACUUGAAUGUUAUUUUAACUUAUAGUUUUUGUUUUCCAUUUUUUGUAUAUUUAAUUAAGCCAAAUGCAGCCAGAAUCUAAGGUAGUGUUAAAUCCUAAUCGUCUCACGGUGAUGCAGGAGGCUGCAGACCACUGACUUUGCGUGUGGGUGUGUCACAGGUACAUCAAAGCCAGCUACAAAAACAUGAUCUAAUUUGCAAAUGUUGGUACAUUGAACAGAUGUAUACUCCUAAUCAUACACAUUGUAUCUAAUAAUAAAACUAAUUUCUAUUAGUUGACCUGCAACUAGCUGGAUUUGUGGCUUAGUGAUGCACUCUCCUGUGAUUCUCUCCACUAAAGCACAUGCUGCCAUUCAUCUCCUAAUCUAACUGGAUAAUACUGGCAUGUUUUUUUUUGUUUUUUUUUUUACUUCCACCAGAAAUGUAUUUUAGGCAGUUUGUGCUUAUUACAAAAUAACAAGCUUUUUUUCUGAAUUAGUUGAUAUGAGAUUUUCAACGAAUAUGGUUAAAAUAAACUAUUUACAUUGAAUAUAAAA